AGUAUACAGGAUGAGGAUGGGUGGACACCACUUCACGGGGCUGCGAGGUACGACCGAACACAAUGUGUCCAGCUUCUCCUCCAACACAGGGCGAAUGCCAGUAUACAGGCUAAGGAUGGCCAAACACCACUUCACCUGGCUGCCUACCAGGGCCACACACAAUGUGUCCAGCUUCUCCUCCAACACGGGGCAGAAACCAGUAUACAGAAUAAGAAUGGGCGGACACCACUUAACUGGGCUGCCGGCCUUGGCCACACACAAUGUAUUCAGCUUCUCCUCCAACACGGGGCAGAUACCAAUAUACAGGAUAAGGUGA